UCUGUGGCCUCACAGAUGGGUCCUGUGAAAAGUCUGUGGCUCUAGCAGUGCUGCACAGUUGUGUAACUCCCAGCUUUUUCAUGGUUAAUUUCUUGGAAUGCUCAUAAACCAUCACGAGUUCAAUAACUCGUGAAACACACGAGGCUGUUGUCUGUGGGAUAAGAAAUCCGGGCCCAAACUGCAACACAUGUGACACAGCUUAUGAGGGGAAUGAGCAGGCUGACGUGGGCAGGAGGAAAAGUGGAGGUGUCAUAGCAAAACAAAGUGUAUGGCUUGGGUCAGUGAUCUUGGGCUCCUUUCCUGACCCCCUGCAGCGUCUUCUCACUUUAGCUCUCACUUUGGAACCAGAGGCUCAAAAGAGCAAUAACAUAGGAGGAAGGAAUGAGCCUGCAGCUCAUCAUAGCACACGCAGGGCUUGCUGACCUCUCGUGUUGUAUACAGUCAGUAAAUCUGCCUGGUACACCUCGUGUAACCAAACAGGGAGCAUAAGGUGUUGUAAAGGUGUGUUCUGUAACCAUUCGUGGCUUAAGUGCCUUGCUGGAGCUUUGUGUUGGUAAUGGGGCAGGUAUGUUGUUAGUCCUGGAGCUUUCUGUGUCUGGUACAGUGGUGGGGGGAUGUGGCUGCAGAGAUGUGCAUCUGCAUGUAACAGCCUUAGUACGUAUGUAGCACGUGUUCAUGGCGUAUGGGGCAUAUGAAUAUAUGCACAUUAGGCAUAGCAAACCCUUAAUAUUAAAUAAAUCUUCCUAUGCUAUUUCCAACUUCAAUUAAAAUGUAACGCUAAUCUUCAAAAUUGAGUAAUUUAUUGGGGGUGCACUCUGAUAAAUGUAAAAUAGUGAUUUUUCGUGAUUGCUCUGAAUGGAGCUUGGAGUUCAUCACAAGAAUUCUUACCCAGCUGCUUGGCAGAUAAGGAGCAUGAGGUGGGGGUGAAGGAAGGCCUUGUUCAGAGAAGUGGGUCGUUAGGGAACCAAAUCUCUGUGCUGCUCUAAUGGCUGUGUUGCUGCUGCUGCUGCAUUUUUGUAGUUCUUGCUCAGGAUUAUGCUGUUUCUCGUUUGCUCCCUCUAAGCGGGCUUCCAUGGCUGUAGUUCUGUUAUGCAGAUUAAAACCAUGUCUUUAGCAGGCGUGGAAAAUCACUGCCAGGAUUAUCUUGACUUUGGAGUAUUUUAGAUUGAAGUUAUGCAUGAAACUUCAUAUUAUUGCUGGAAGAAGAUAAAAUGGGAAUGGAGAGAUUACAGUUCUCAGCAAGAAGUGAAUUGUGAGAUGUAAUCAGCGUUGCUUUUUCUCUGUUUUGUUUGUACUUAAGUGGAAUUUAAUCACGGGCUGCUAGAGGAAACCAGUUCCCAUUCAUGUAUUUCUGAUGUUGGGGUUCUUGGUCUUAUUUUACUCAUUCCAAACUGUUCUGCAAGGGCUGGUCCAAAAAUCAGCACCUCUUAACUGAGGUAGAGGGCACACGGCACCAUCUGUUGGGAGCCUGCUGCCACGGGCUUACCUUAUGGAAGCAAAAUGAAGGUGGUUACAGGGCAUGCAGCCCGUGAGGCACACAAGGUGUGUGGAUGGUACUUGGUUAAUGGAAAGAUUGAAGUGGGCAGUGCCUGUAUUUGGCAUGUGUUGGUUUUGUUUUCCUGCCACUUCGCUACAACCCUCAUUGCUUACUCUUAAUUCAUUGCCUUGGCUGUCAUUCAGAUAAAUACUUUUUAUUCUCAGGGAAUCACAGGGCAUCUAAUGGAAAUGUUGCUCUGAUUUUAUUCCUGUUGGGUCCUAAAAUUCUGUAUAAAAACUGAGACCAUGAACAGCAUGGUUGGUGCAGAACAGAUUCCCACAGUUUGGUAGAUGUCAUCAGCUGUGUGGUGGUUGUGUAUCCUGAGGUUAACCUGGACGUUUGUCACAUUGCAUCCCUUGAAAAUACUACAACUGUGACCAACAUGAAUGUGAAAUGUUUCUCCCACUACAGAUAUUGGAGAGCUUGUAUCGUUUUCUAACCAAAUACUUUCGCAGUCCAAAAAGUCCAUGAUUACCUCACUGAUUCUUCUCCUAGGUGUUAAGCACAUGUGAGUUUGAGGGCCUGCCAGUGUUCAUACCUCACUCUCUUGUUCCCUAGUUUCCCAGCUGGACCUUGUUUCUGGCUGUUUGCUCGGUGGGAAUUGGAGGGACCUUUCAGUAUGGAUAUAACGUUUCCAUUAUCAAUGCCCCCACUCAGGAGUACUUCCAAGAGUAUGGAAAUACUGUGUGAAAACACAUCUCCCACAAGUGUGUGCCCUGUAUUAAUGGAAAGGAGCCCUUCUGAUGAAUAACAUUAUAGCCAUACUGGCUGCCAUUUUAAUGGGGAUCAGUUUUCCAACAGGAUUGUUUGAGUUGCUGAUUGUUGGAAGGUUUUUGAUUGGUAUAAAUUCAGGUGUUGGGCUCUGUGUGCAACCCUUGUACCUUGGGGAGGUUGCCCCAAAACAUCUCCGAGGAGGCAUGGCCAUGGGUAGCUCCAUCUUUCUGACUGGGGGCAUUCUGUCAGGACAAAUAAUUGGUUUGAGAGAAAUACUAGGUGCAGAAGCCUAUUGGCCACUUUUGCUGUCCAGCAGCUGUGUUCCAGCAUUUGCCCAACUUUUGUUCCUGCCAUGGUUUCCUGAAAGUCCCAGAUAUCUUCUUAUUGAUAGAGGUGAUGAGCUGAGCUGUGCCAAAGCUUUGAAGAGAUUUCAUGGUUCUUUGCAGUAUCAAAGGGAGAUGGAAGACAUACAGCGGGAAUGCUUUGCCUUAGAUGGGGAGAAACCCAAGAAGCCCUGGCAGCUCUUCACCGAUCGUGCUGUGCGAUGGCAGCUCGUUACUGUGGUUGUGAUGACCAUGGGCCAGCAGCUCAGUGGGAUAAAUGCUAUUUAUUUCUAUGCAACCUAUGUUUUCGAGCAAGCUGGGAUCUCGGCUGAAAAAAUCCCCUAUGUGACUCUUGGCACUGGCGCUUGUGAAUGCCUCACAGCACUCACCUGUGGUUUACUGAUAGACCGCGUGGGGAGAAGAUACCUCAUCCUCGGGGGAUACCUCCUUAUGACCCUCUGGAGCAUUGUUUUAACGUUCUCUCUGACUUACCAGGAGCUGUACCCCUGGGUGCCUUACGUGAGCAUGAUGUCGAUAUUUGCCUUCAUUCUGAGCUUUGGGCUGGGACCAGGUGGCAUAACCAACACGCUGACAGCUGAAAUCUUUGUGCAGUCUUCACGUCCUGCUGCCUGCAUGAUUGGAGGGACUGUUAGCUGGAUCAGUUUCUUCACCAUUGGAAUGCUUUUUCCUUUCAUAGUGAAAGGACUGAAGCAGUACUGUUUUGUGGUGUUCUUACUGGAGUGCUCCUUUGUUGCUGCUUUCAUCUUCCUGGUAAUUCCUGAGACAAAAAACAAAUCUUUUCUGGAGAUCAAAAAGGAAUUUCACAAGCUUAAUUUUGGAGGAAAAAGCAAAGAAAAGGAAACAGAACUUAAUGAGAGAAGCCAACUCCAUGAUGAAUAUUAACAAAGUAUUUUCAAAGCUGUAACUGAAUGACCUUAAUGAGAAUUACAAACGUUGUCCUCUAAAUGAGCGCUGUAACACUGAACAAGUAGUUUAUUACUUCCUCCUGCAUAUUGAGAGGAAGUUUAAGUGAAGGCAAUCUUCCUAAAAUGCUGUUAAAACAGAUACUGCUGAACUGCUGUUAGAAUGCAUUACACAGAAGACUCUGUUUAGAUAAAACUUGAUGUAAGAUGCAGAAAUGGUGGCAGUGGCUGCUGAAUGAAUUCCACUCCUCGCUGCCUCCAGCCCAUGCCUGUGGAUGGCACCAAACUGCAAGAGCUCGUGUAGUUCUGAGCUCCUUUUUCAGAUCCAAGCACCUGUUAGUGCUUUACUGACGAAUUUGUAGCUUGGGGUCUGAGGUGUUCAACCCAAACGUGAGCUGACCCACUGCAGAGCUGCUGUUUGAAAUGUUCUACUCAGUGCAUUAACGUGAGGUCUGUAGCUGCUGCUUUUUAAUUGAAAUAAUCUGAGUAAGAUUUAAGGACAUUACAUCCCUGCUGGUUCUCCUGCACAGACACGUGCAGUCCAUCUCAAAGCAAUCAAGGCAGUGUGAUGCUGAUGUGAUUUAUCUUUAUUAGAUUAUCUUAAGUAAUGAUGAGGUUUAUUAGAAAGCUUUGUUUCCUAAAACAGUAAUAAUAAAACAGUUCCUGGUCUUUGA